CUCACACGUAUAUAUAGCCUUCUCCUGUCCUAAGCUUGUUCUAAACAGACCAAACACUUAAGAACUGAGAGAGAGAGAGAGAGAGAGAGAGAGAGAUGGAUGGAGGAGAAGAUCUGGAGCAUACGCCAACAUGGGCUGUCUCAAUCUUUUGUUUGUUCUUCUUUCUCUUAUCUUACACGAUUGAUACAGGUCUUCAUCAUCUAGCCAAGUUUCUCAGGAAAAGGAAAAGAAAAUCCCUCGAUAAGGCUUUGGUGAAGAUCAAAACAGAAAUGAUGAAUUUCGGUUUCAUAUCGCUGCUUCUUGCAAUAUUGGAAGUACCCAUCUCAAAAAUCUGCGUCACUGAAGCCGCGGCCAAUUCUUUUCUUCCAUGCAAAGAUGCUGUAGACUCGGUACACCCAACUUUCUCCUCAGCCAAACAAGUUCCAGGAUCAAAUUCCAGCGAAACACUUUCGAAUCAAAUCACGGAUGAUAAUUACUGUCAAGCAAAGGGAAUGGUUUCUCUGGUGUCAAGGGAAGCAAUCUUGCAACUAAAUAUCUUUAUCUCAGUCUUGGCAGUGUUUCACGUUCUGUACUGCAUAUUGACGAUGUGUCUUGGGGUAGCUAAGAUGAGGAAAUGGGAAGCAUGGGAGGAAGAGACUCAAACCAUUCAAUAUCAGAUAGCUAAUGAUCCAAAGAGGUUCCAGCUUUCCCGUCAAACAUCUUUUGGGAGACGUCAUCUAAAGCUUUGGAGUGAUCACCCUCUCCUACUUUGGCCAGUUUGUUUUGCUCGGCAAUUCAGUAGUUCAGUCUCAAAAGCCGAUUACUUCACUCUUCGCAACGGUUUCAUAAUGGCGAAUGUGGCUGAAGGCAGCAAUUUCAACUUCAAGAAAUUUCUUUCUAGGACAUUCGAUGAUGAUUUUGAGCAGGUUGUUGGAAUCAGGUUCUGGAUCUGGAUCUUUUCCAUACUAUUCAUAUUUUUCAGCGCACAUGAGUUUUACAACCACUAUUGGCUACCUUUUGUUCCCCUAGUGAUUGUUCUAGUCGUGGGGACAAAGCUAGAAGUCACAAUAACCAAAAUGUGUGUGGAAAGUUGCAAGGAGAACCCAGUGACUCAAGGAACCUUUCUUGUAAACCCUAGUGAUAGUUAUUUCUGGUUUGGUAGACCUGAUUGGCUUCUCCAUCUACUCCAGCUUAUCCUAAUCCAGAACUCGUUUCAGCUAGCAUUUUUCACAUGGACAUGGUAUGAGUAUGGCCUAAGGUCUUGCUUCAAUGAAAACAUGGAGGACUUCACCAUAAGGAUUACCAUGGGUGUGGCUGUGCAGCUCCUUUGCGGCUAUGUGACCCUGCCUCUUUAUGCACUUGUUACCCAGAUGGGUUCCAGCAUGAAGAGAGCAGUGUAUACCGAGUGUGUGGUUAGAGGCCUGGAAAAUUGGCAAAAAAAUGCUAGACACAGGCUUUCCACAAAUAGAUCCAAUUCAAGUCGACACUCAUCAAAUUCCUCACAGUUUAACGCUACUGAGACUUCAAUAUCAAACACACAAAGCAAACAUCGCCCAGAACACAACGACCUUCCUCCAUUAGCAGUAAUUAGCCCUUCUUCCUAUUCCCCUGGAAACACAGAAGAGGAAGUGCAGCACGGCCAAACUCCUAAUCCAGCUAUAACAAGCCUUUCAACUCAAGAAAUCAUGAAAGAGGAAGCAAAUUGCACCAUCAUCACCACGGGAACUUAUGAUGGUGAGAUCUCUUUUGGAAGCAGCUGGAAAGCACGAGAAAGCAGUAGGGGCAUUGGUGAAAUCACUUCAAUCACCGAAGAAGAUGCCUCCGACACAUUAACAGUCUUCAAUCACUAGGAUAUUGAUAAUGACUUGUAAGAGCAUCGGUAUUGGAUUAGUCAUCCCAAUCUUCAAAAUUUGACUAAUAUGAAACCUUUUUACUUUUAGCUAAUCACUCAAAACUUGAAGUCUACAUUGGAUUAGUCAUCACACUCUCUAUAAUAAUAAAAUA